AUGUCUUACAUCCCUCCUCACAAGCGCCACUUCAAAGAUAACAACAGUCUAUGUAAACCAGAACAACUUAUUUCUCCAUCUGGAUACAAUAAUAAUAAUAGGUCAUUUCGAAAUAAAAAUGUCUCGAAGGAUUCUGGAAGAAUAUACAGAUAUGCACAAGCACAAGGUACAUGGUUUUCUAUUGGGUUAGAUGGUGAUGAUGAUAAUCAGUUUUCAAGUUUAGUUCGCCUUGAACCAAUAUCCUUGAACUCCUAUGAGCAGCAGAAGAGAUCAACUGAACUGCCUCAGAUUUUAGUCCUUGAUGACAAUCGGCUACUGCUGCAGCCAAAAGGUGACUACAAGAUUUCUCCAGUGAAGCGUAUUGUGACACUUCUAGAGAAAGACUUGAUUCAUUCUUUUGGAAAUGUGAGGAUGCUAAUGGAAGAAUGCCCAGAAGUGAAGCCUACACUUGUUGAGUUGUUGCCAGGUUUGGAAGAAACCUUUUCUAUGGUGGUUGUAUCUUUUAUCUAUAGGACUUCUUCUAUAUCAUCAACCACUUCGAUUACAGAGGCUAUUCUGAAACCAGUACACAAAACAUUUUAUACAAAUCUCCCAACUUCAUAUCUGAAAUUUGUCGAAGAUGAAGCUGUAGAUAAGAUUGGACUUAAAUUAUCAGCUGCGAAGGAGAUAUACCAAGUGAAGGUGAUUGAUCGGUUAAAUCCCGAGUCAGAAAUCUCUUGCAAGUGUAGAAUUGUGAAGAACUUAAAUAAACUUGAAGUCUACAAGAUGGAGUUAGCUCAACUACGCCAUUUUGUUGUGGAUAUAUCUUGUCUUGGUCAGAAGACAGAUGUCAGGCUAAUGAUUUACACGAAGAAAGUUGUAUCAACUCUAAUCGAUGAGGAGAAAAAGAAGAUAGAAAACAUGAUCAAUUCUGCAGUUAUUGAUUCUGGUAUUAAGGGUGGUUUAAGAUGGCCUUUAGGGAAACAGUCAGAUGGUGACAGAACUUCGGUUGGUGAUUGUUCUGGUGAGGUUUUGCUUAAAAUGACCGAACUCCUGUCUUGUUUAAAGGAUGAUAAGUUUGGGGAGAAUGUUGUUGCUGAAUUAUUGAAUGAUUACAUGAAGGUGAUUUGGGACAAUUUAGUAGUAUCUUCUUCUUAG